UACGAAAGCACUUAGUGAGGGCUGUGUGUGGACUCUGAGCAGCUUAGAGUUCACCAACUAUGAUAAAGUAAGCUCACUCACGCAUUAGUCGGUUUUUGUGACCAGUGCUGAGCCGUGAUGGAGAGGGAUUGGAGGAGGGCAGGACGGUUGUGGUUUCUGUUCAUGUCUUCUAUGUGGACUUUGGCUUCGUCACUGACUUCUACUGGGACUCCAUCCCUCAGUCCCACGGAUGCUAGUGAAGAAAAAGAGUCAACUAAUAACAGUGUGACUCCAACAAAUAACUGUACAGCCAUCAUGAAACCAGAGGACCACGGCUUCCAAGUGGCUAUUUUGGCUUCGGUAAUAAGCUGCAUUGUCAUCCUCGUCAUGUCACUGUCCUUCAUCAUUUGCUACCUGCAAGAGAGACACAAGCGGAGGGAAAGCAUAAGCAGUUCACUUCUGAAGAAGAGAAAUAAACGUCAGUGCCGUCUUAGGAGUGAUUACUGGCUUGAGAGAAGUUGGGAUGCUCCUCCCAAGAUAUACCACCUUCCUCAGCACCUAGAGUCCUGUCUAUGCUGCAACAGUCACCCGCAUAUGAUCAGACUUGAUGGCUAUGAGAACCAUGGCUGUCAGAGGAGUCAGGAGAGCCUGAUGAAUGAUCCCCUGCCUGGGCUGUACCAUACAGAGAGCCAGUUGUAUCCCCUGCAGAGAGUGCCCUCCCUGACAGCUCCCAGUUUUCCAACCAGCUCCAGCAUACCUGUAUACCUCCAUUUUUCAACCCCUACACUGACAAGCAGCCUACCCGCUCAGCCUGUAACCCCCACCUUCCACAAAUUUAGCACCACACCACCCUUGUGGCUAUACUGACAACCUGUUAUGGCCCACACAGAAGCACUCUUCAUUUCUCUGUCUGUGAUAUCAUAGUAAUUAUUAACAAACAUAGAAGCACUUCUUAGGUGUACAGUUACUAACUGUAGCUCAUCUGUUGCUGUACAACAUAGAACCAGUGCUGACUAGAUGGUAUCUGGAUGGUGACGUAUUCUCAGCACAGCAGUGACACUGACUGGACAGUGUGUGUGUUGCCUGAAUGAGUGUAUUAGGCAGCAGCUUUUAAACAGUGU